AUGAUCACUGAGGUAGUUUACACCAUUCUACUGGUGUACAGUGUAGCUCUGUUAAACGGAGCAUAUACACACCUGGAUCGGCGAAGUCUCAUCAUUAGUGGAACCGAAAUAGCCAUACAGGAGGCACCCUACCAGGUCAUAAUAUUCAUCAAUGGAUUGUUUGCUUGCGGUGGUACGAUCAUUGGUUCUAAGUGGAUCCUGACGGCCGGUCACUGUGCUGAAGGAGAAAUAUCGAAAGAAAACUCAACGGUUCGUGCUGGUUCACAGCUGCUUGAUAAAGAAGGUGUGGUGAUAAAAAUUGCACAGGCUAUUGUGCACCCCGAAUAUGCUGUUCUGCCAAAUAAUGAAGCAUAUAACGAUAUUGGAUUACUUUUGCUAGAAAAACCAUUAAACUUUGAUGGUAGCACUAUAACGUGUGCCCUACUUCCCGAUCCGGGUAAAAAAAUAUCACCUGGUAGUUUGGGUAGAGUUUGUGGUUUUGGUCGAACGCACUUAACUCUCGGUAGAAUGUCACUCACGUUGCGAGCAACUACUUUGACAGUUUUACCGUUUGAACAAUGCCAGACAAUCUAUCGCAAUUUCACUUUAAAUGCCGAUACACAAUACUGCAUUGGAAAUAACGAAAAACACAGUGGAUCGUGCCGAGGCGACUCUGGUGGACCUUUUGUAGUAGACAAAACAAUCUACGGUAUAGUGUCGUGGGCUGUAUCGUGUGCUGAUCCCAAUUAUCCCACCGUCUAUGUGGAUGUCGGUGCUUACCUGCAAUGGAUUCGUGACACUGUAGCAUCCGUUUCACCUGAAGAGUUGUGUAAUUAG